AUUCCCUCUCGUGGUCUCUUUCACUGACCUUCCUAUCGGUGGCACUUGCUACAUCCCCACCUGAAGGAAUUUAUUACUUCUAGUAUACACAUUAAUCAGAUGCUUGUCAUGUCGGACCUGAUACGAGAGGCCCCUUUAGGUCAGCUCCUAAGAUAUGUCACUAAAAACCGACUCUUCCCAUACCCCGAAGAGCUCCCUGGCUAUGAGAUCCCAGAAGCUUACAAAGCCCUCCUCAAGCCGGAGAAGAAGCCAAUCGAGCGUCCCCUCAGUCAAGAGCAACCGAACGAGGAGAUCGUCUUGCAGAGCGAUGAGCCAUACGCAACUCCAGACCCCGAACUGUACAAUCAGGACAUUGAACACCAAAGCAGCCUCUCCCGCCAUACUACCCAACAGUUGACCCAGGAACGCCUAGAGACUGAGAUCCAGGACGCUGUCGAGCGCACCACUAGCAAGCCUAUAUACCCAGCUAAGACGGCUGACGGAAUAGUACUUGUUGACUGGUAUUCUACAGACGAUCCUGCGAACCCACAGAACUGGUCCGUAGGCAAGAAGUCAUGGGUUGGCUUCCUCAUAUGUCUUUACACUUUUGUUGUGUACUCUGGGUCUGCCAUCUACACUUCGAGUAUCCCACAGGUCAUUGAAAAGUUCCAUAUUACGGCUGUUGAGGCCUCGCUGCCUUUAGCACUAUAUGUCCUUGCUUAUGGCAUAGGACCUCUCAUCUUCUCGCCCCUUAGCGAAAUCCCGAGAAUCGGUCGGUCACCAGUGUAUAUUAUCAGCAUGAUACUUUUCACUAUCAUUUCGCUUCCUACGGCGCUUGUUAACAACUUUGCCGGUCUCCUCGUCCUUCGGUUCCUACAGGGUUUCUUCGGCUCCCCAUGCUUAGCGACGGGAGCCGCAACAAUGAGCGAUAUGGUAUCUAUGUUAUACCUACCUUAUGCGCUCAUUGCGUGGGUUAGUGCAGCAUAUUGCGGGCCCGCGUUAGGCCCUCUUUUAAGCGGCUUCGCCGUAGAAGCUAAGGGCUGGAGGUGGUCAUUAUGGAUAAUAUUGUGGGCCGCCUGCCCAGUAGUGAUUCUCAUGUUCACUGUGCUUCCCGAGACAAGCACGCCAAACAUCCUCCUGCGUAGAGCUAAGCGCCUGCGCAAACUCACUAGCGAGUCUCGGCUUAUGUCACAAAGCGAGAUUGAUCAGGCUAAACUUAGCACUCGCGAGGUCGCCGUGGACGCCUUAAUUAAACCAAUGGAGAUUACCAUCAAGGACCCGGCUAUUCUGUUUGUAAACGUUUAUACUGCUAUCAUUUAUGGGAUUUACUACAGCUUUUUUGAAGUUUUCCCCUUAGUUUAUCCGGUUUUCUACGGUUUUACCAUUGGCACCAUCGGCGUCUUAUUUACAUGUAUCCUUAUUGCGUGUCUCAUUGGUGUCUUGGUUUACUCAGCCUACCUACACUUUUAUAUGAUCCCUGAUAUCCUGAAGAACGGUCUCCGGGCGCAGGAGCACCGUCUCGUGCCGGCUCUUUUCGCGUGCUUCGGCCCCACUGUGGGUCUAUUCAUGUUUGCAUGGACCGCGCGGCCAAGCAUAAGUUGGGUUGUCCCAACCAUAGGCAUCGUUAUCUACGCCGCUACCGUCUUCGUCGUUAUGCAGUGCAUCUUCACCUAUGUCCCGAUAUCGUACCCCCAGUACGCAGCUAGCCUUUUCGCUGCUAAUGACUUCCUGCGCAGCGCGUCCGCGUGUGCGUCAAUCUUAUACGCGCAUCCGUUGUACAAGAACCUCGGAAUCGGUAGGGGGACGAGCGUUUUAGGUGGGCUGAGUGUGAUUGGGAUUGUGGGUAUGUUUUUGCUCUGGAUCUUCGGCGCAAAGCUGAGGGCUAGGUCGAAGUUUGCGCUUCACUAAACUAGCUUGUUGGGUGUACGAGAGAGGGUUGUGUAUAGAUUGGAGUGAGAAGAAAGAUAUAUUAACGGUACCUUCGACGAGACUUCCCUCGCUUGCUCAUCCGGACAAGGCAGCCAGCCAAAGCAAUGGUGCUCGUCCACUUGGGCCGGAUGCUGACGGGUAUACGCCUCCAGCAGACAAUUGAGGUGAGGCAACAGGUCGUCCCUUGUUAAUGGAGCGGCACGACAUUGCCACGAAAUUGACACGAAAAACGUUGCAUCUUCUCGCCCUGCUCACCCUGCUCACCCGCUCUUCACCCCAAGAUCACCCUUGAGGCGGCAAGGGGCUCAGAUUCCAGGCUAUGCCUAUUGGCACGAUUGAGAGUAUUAAUCCACUGGAUUACAAGCUUGUGUAUGGCACAGCGGACGGGAUGUCCAAUUAUCUUGAGUCUAUGGUCGUAUGUGAAAGGCUCUCUUGUAAAGCAGUAUAUGUAGCGUCACUUACACUAUUGCGAUUGCAUCUACGCGUUGCGUGGGUUUCUUACGCUAAAGCGAAAUUAUCACUUUCGGCACGCGAAGUGCAGUAGCCAGGAGUAGCAAUAGCCAGGAGUAGCAACGUAGAAUAAUUUCAGGAAAUAUGAU